CACAUCAUCAAAGGAGCCUGGGAACGUCACCACUGUGGAGAGUCUGGGGCCACCAGAGCAGAGGAAGGGCCUUCCAGAGUUGCCCUAGGAUGAUGCCUGUCCUCAGGGGCUGAGGUCUCCCUGGCAGAGGGGAGUAGAAGAGAGGGAUGAAGGAAUUUUAGGGGUUCGUUUUACAGUGGCCAGUGGGGAUCAUCUCGGGACCCUGACCUCAGAGGGAGUACAGAACAGGUGGUGGCUGAGGGACCAUACCGCAGAGAAGAGACUGGCCAGAGGGAUCCUUGGGGCCAGCUUGCAAAGUGGCCAGUUCCAGGUUGCACGGAGAACCUGACCACUGUGGCCUCCCCACGGUGGCUGUGGAAAGUGAGAGGACACGGUCCACACUGGCAGUGUUCAGUGUCUGUGGUGUCACUGCCCUGGGGUCAAAAGAGGAUAGAAUGAAAUUUAAAAGGAUCCUGUUCCUGAUCUCAUUCAUUGUGACACUGCUGAUGGCUAAGCUUUACUUCAGGAAUGGCCAAGUGAAAGAACUCCAGCUUUCAGCGUGGUUUCACCCCAGGAAACGCCCGGAUGUCCUCACGGUCACCGACUGGCUGGCCCCCGUGUUGUGGGAAGGCACCUUCAGCAGGCAGGCCCUGCGCAGGCAUUACAGGGAUCAGAACCUCACCAUGGGGCUGGCCACCUGCGUCUCUACCAGGACAGCAAGUGACCACAUGGAGCGGUUCCUGCGCUCAGCUGCUGUGCACUUCAUGCCCGGCCAGCGGGUGAUCUUCUAUAUCAUCCUGGAUAGCUACGUGGAGCCACCUGACAUAGAGCCCAGGCCCCUGCAGAGCUUCCAGAUCCUCAUGAUGGACGAGGAGUGGUGGUUGCCAAGCCUGAAGCUCAUGUGCCUGAAAGUCCUGGAGGAGCACCUGGUGAGCCACAUCAGGGAGGAGGUGGACUUCUUCUUCAGCAUGGACAGCAGCUUGUUCUUCCAGGGCGACUUUGGCCUGGAGACACUGGGCACAUUGGUGGCCCAGCUACACAUCUGGUGGUACUUCCAGAACCAAAUCCUCCCAUACGAGCGCAGGUCCAGCUCGGAGGCUUACAUCCCCUUGGGACAAGGCGACUUCUACUAUGGGGACACCAUCCUGGGUGGCACGCCCUGGCAGGUGCUGGACCUGGUAGAGUGGUGUCUGAAGGGCAUGGUUCAGGACCUGCAGAAUGGGCUUAACAGCACCUUUGAGAAGUACCUCAACAAGUACUUUUUCCUCCACAAGCCCACCAAACUGCUGUCCCCCGAGUAUGGCUGGGACCUCAGGUUCAACCUCCCUCCCCAGGUGAGGUACAUCAAGGUGGCACAGCAACAGGAGGUCUGAGGCCAGCCCCUGAGUGUCCGGGCAGCUGUCCAUCCCCUGGAGGCUGAAAAUGAGCCCCUCCCCAAAGAGAUUUCCCUCCUUGCGGCUUUUACCCGUCCAGUUUGGCAAAUAGAGGGCAAAGGACAGAGGAGGGUUAUUUGAGGUCUACACACAGUAGCAUGCCAGCUCUGUAUUGGAGAAAACACGGAAAUACUUGGGAUGCAGAACCAUUAUUUUUAA